UCAGUGAUGAGCAGCCGCGAGUGAGAAGGACAAAAUUAACAAACCAAACGGAAGCAGAGCGGAUAUGGGGAAAAAUGAAGGGUUUUGAUUUUGAAUCCAACUGAACCCAAAUCACUCGCCUUCUUCCUUCCAAUUAUCUCUCUUCCAAUGCAUAAAUUCUCAUCUUUGAUUCCUUCUUCUUCUUCAUAUUUUUCCACCCUUUUCCCCCUGCUUUCCUAAGGGUUUUAGGGCUUCAAGAUCAACACCCUCUUAUAUUUCAUCUGGGUUUCUGUUCAAUCAUUCCUGUUUUGUUUCAUUCCACCAAAUAUGAAAGAUCCCAACACUGAUUUGUUCGACCCCAGAGCCGCGAUUGACUCCGAUUAUGUGCUCGGUGCUUCCACUUCGUCGCGGGAUUCUGAUUUUAGGUUCGCUUUUGACGAUAGUAACUUCUCCGAUCGCUUGCUUAGGAUUGAGAUCGUUGGUGGGUCCGAUGAAACCGAGCAGGAAUUUGGUGGGUGUAGCAGUGUUCUCGAUUGGGCUCGCCGAAAGAGGAGGAAAGAAGAAAAGAAAACGGAAAACACUCUGGAUCUCAGUAAAUGUCCACAGCAGCAAGUUUUAACAUGUAAUCAGCCUGAUAUGGUUGAUGUCUUGUCCUUUGAAAAUCCGGACGAGGAACCUGUGGCAAUGAUUGAAGAAUCUCUAUCAGGUGAUGAAGCUGCCAAUACCAAUGAUUUAAAUUUGGAUUCUUCUACUGUGAUGAGGGUGAAGACUUUGCAUAUUAGCUCUCCUAUUUUAGCGGCCAAAAGCCCCUUCUUCUAUAAGCUGUUCUCAAAUGGCAUGAAAGAAUCAGACGAACGACUUGUGACCUUACGGAUCAAUGCCUCUGAGGAAGCUGCUCUCAUGGAGUUGUUGAACUUUAUGUACAGCAAUACCCUGUCUGUUACCACAGCUCCUGCUUUAUUAGACGUGUUAAUGGCUGCUGAUAAAUACGAGGUUUCUUCAUGCAUGAGGUAUUGCAGUAGACAAUUGCGAACUUCGCCUAUGACACCUGAGUCUGCGCUGCUCUUUUUGGAGCUUCCUUCCAGUGUUUUAAUGGCUGAAGCUGUCCAAUCACUUACUGAUGCAGCAAAACAGUACCUUGCUGCUCGUUAUAAAGACAUAACUAAGUACCAAGAAGAGAUAUUGGUGUUCCCCCUUUCUGGGAUAGAGGCAAUAUUAUCUAGUAAUGAUCUUCAAGUAGCAUCAGAGGAUGCAGUAUUUGACUUUGUUUUGAAGUGGGCAAGGGCACAUUAUCCUUUGUUAGAGGAGCGGCGGGAAGUCCUUGGUACUCGUCUUGCUCAGUUCAUUCGCUUUCCUUUCAUGUCCUGUCGGAAGCUUAAGAAGGUAUUGACAUGUAUUGACUUCGAUCAUGAGGCUGCUUCCAAACUUGUGCUCGAGGCACUCUUUUUCAAAGCGGAUGUUCCACACAGACAGCGAGCCUUGAUUACUGAUGAGUCUACUUCGUCAAAUCAUCGCUUCAUUGAAAGGACCUACAAGUAUAGGCCAGUUAAGAUCAUUGAAUUAGAACUUCCACGACAACAGUGUGUGGUAUACCUGGACUUGAAAAGAGAAGAAUGUACGAAUUUGUUCCCAUCUGGACGAAUUUAUUCUCAAGCAUUCCAUUUGGGAGGACAGGGAUUCUUCUUAUCUGCUCAUUGCAACAUGGACCAGCAGAGCUCCUUCCAUUGUUUUGGAUUGUUUUUGGGGAUGCAGGAGAAAGGAUCUGUGAGUUUUGCUGUGGAUUAUGAAUUUUCAGCGAGAUCGAAGCCGAGCGAAGAGUUCCUCAGUAAAUAUAAGGGCAACUACACCUUUACGGGCGGGAAAGCAGUUGGGUACCGGAACUUGUUUGGUGUACCUUGGACUUCCUUCAUGGCUGAAGAUAGCAAUCACUUCAUAAAUGGCAUUCUACAUCUCAGAGCAGAGCUUACCAUCAAGUCAUGACCUUCCCUUUUGUUUCCCAUCUCACAUUUUCUAUAUCAUAGCUCAUGAUCAAAGGAUUUCUUUUCAUGCUGACUAGUCCCUUUUAGAUAAUUUUAUGUAUGGCAGGAGAAAGAAAAAAAAUGUAGGUUCCAGAUUUAUACUUAAUUCUAUAACUUUUGUAAGUGUACCCUUCUUGAAUGUGUUCAGCAAUUUAAGAGAAUAUCUCCUCCUUCUACACCUUAA